AUGAAUAGAAGCAAAUGCAAUAUCAAGGGGGAGAAAGAAGAUGAGGCCAGCACCGGACCCUCUUGCCUGAGCGUUGAAUUGUCCUCUGUUCAUUUGGAAUCCUCCAGCCCUCAAGAUCAGGAACCGACCGGCGCAGCUGCAAAGAGCCAGACUAGGUCGAGGAGGCAGACUUCGCGACCUCCCAGACUUGAGCAAAGAAUGGAACUGCCGCCAGUUCGCCAGGCGAGUCAGAAGCUGUGCCUUCCCGCCAACCUGGCCAGAGACGACGGUCUGCAGCCGCCAUUGUCUCCAUCAUCCUCGGCCCCAUCUUUCCCGCCAAGCCAGAGAGCUUGCGUCGGCAGUUCUGCACCUCAGACUGCCUGCAACAGACUCCUUCGGGUCCGAGCCGCGGUAGGAACGCAUGCAGACCAGUCCCGACUUGGGAGUAGAUGCAUCCGUCUCUCUCUACACUGCAACUUCCGCUCAUGUCCUGUACUCCUCGAUGCUGCUGACCUUGGGCCGUACCAGAAAGUCUCUCUUGCGAAGGAUCCAGCCCCAGGGAGAUGGCUCAUGCCGCCGUCACGCCAACUAGUCCCCGUUGGUCGCGUCUGGAGAUGGAGCGCCCAAACUUCUGCUGCGACGAGGCCCGCCUUUGCUAGGGAUCCCUACUCGCUCCCGACACGACCAAAGACGGCGGGGAGAGCUUUGCUCGCCAUGCGUCUCUCGCAAAUGCUUGGACUGUUCGAUGAUCUUUGCUUAGCCCAAUCAGAGCUUACCAGUGAUACAACGUUAACCACCACUGCUCCUGACAGUUUGGGUCACUUCCGUCGUGCCACGCAUUUGCCCGCCCCCCUUCGCCGCUACUCAUUUAGGGACUUGCAUAUCUUCCCUCACUCCGCAAGACCCACCGACGGGAGAGUCCAAACCCUACCCAUGGAAUUGGCCCCCCAACACGCCUGCAUCGUCUGCGACCGACAUUCCUGGCGUGAAAUUGGCAAUAACAGGGCUCGUCGCAGAUUCCAGCCAAUACAUGCCGGAAUUGAAAGACUGGUUCGCCGUAUCUUCCACUUCAACUUGUCCCGAAGGUCGGCUCAGCUUCGUAUGCACCUCCACAAAACAGUGCGGGCCGUGCUUCUCUACAAUUUUUGCCCGAAACCGAAUUAA